GGAAUAAGUGACAUCAUGAGUGUGUGCCAGGUGUCUGAUUACAGAAGGUGUUCAAUUAAGUAAUCUGCAAUAAUUAAUUAACCCAUCAGUCGCUGGUAUUAUUUGCCAUCCAUCCUCCGAGUGUUGCCAAGUUAUGGGUGCGUUCUGCCAGCGUCCUAGCAGUGGGAAGGCUUCUGGCUGCCAGCGGGGAACCUCUCCCUUCGAGUAUUUCUCCUCUCGCUGAGAAGAUGAAAUGCGACCAGGUCUCUUUAAGGGCCAGGAGCCGGGAUCCAGGCGGCGCGCAAGGGCUGGACCAGCAGUCGCCCGCGCCGACUCGCACAGGAAGGAAGCUUUGGCCUCUGGAUCCGCUCGCCCGGCUAUGCUGCUGCGGCCGCUGCGGGGCUGGGCCGCCCGGGCGCUGCGCUGUUUUGGGCCGGGAAGCCCCGGGAGCCCGGCCUCAGGCCCCGGGCCGCGGAGGGUGCAGCGCGGGGCCUGGCCUCCGGAUAAAGAACAGGAAAAAGAGCAAAAAUCAGUGAUCUGUGUCGAGGGCAAUAUUGCAAGUGGGAAGACGACAUGCCUGGAAUUCUUCUCCAACGCGACAGACGUUGAGGUGUUAACGGAGCCUGUGUCCAAGUGGAGAAAUGUCCGUGGUCACAAUCCUCUGGGCCUAAUGUACCACGAUGCCUCUCGCUGGGGACUUACGCUACAGACUUAUGUGCAGCUCACCAUGCUGGACAGGCAUACUCGUCCUCAGGUGUCAUCUGUACGGUUGAUGGAGAGAUCGAUUCACAGCGCAAGAUACGUUUUUGUAGAAAACCUGUAUAGAAGUGGGAAGAUGCCAGAAGUGGACUAUGUAGUUCUGUCGGAAUGGUUUGACUGGAUCUUGAGGAACAUGGACGUGUCUGUUGAUUUGAUAGUUUACCUUCGGACCAAUCCUGAGACCUGUUACCGGAGGUUAAAGAGGAGAUGCAGGGAAGAGGAGAAGGUCAUUCCGCUGGAAUACCUGGAAGCAAUUCACCAUCUCCAUGAGGAGUGGCUCAUCAAAGGCAGCCUUUUCCCCGUGGCAGCCCCUGUUCUGGUGAUUGAGGCUGACCACCACAUGGAGAGGAUGUUAGAACUCUUUGAACAAAAUCGGGAUCGAAUAUUAACUCCAGAGAAUCGGAAGCAUUGCCCAUAGGAGGCAAAAGGUCUAUGGCUCAUGUCUGAAAAAUGCCUGCUGCUGCCAAGUUAGCUAUUGGGAGCAAUCUGGAAAAACUUGCUCCCAGGAGGGCUUUGUGUCUGGCCAGCUUGAUUUUCCUAAUGGUCUCAUCUCCUUUGCUAGUGUCUUUGUCAUGCGUCUCUGGCCCUCGUGGGUAAAUGACAAACGGGACCAAUGGGUUUGCCAAGCCCUUUGCUGUUCACAGCCUCACAUUCCCCCGGUGCCUCUCCCAGUGGCUUUGUGCUGCCGAGUCGCUCUCAUGAAGCCCUUAGGGAGGGCACCUGUUGUGUGCCUGACAACACGCUGGAGCUGUGUACCAAUCUUCUCAGCCUUCAUUAGGAGGCCGAGGUAGAAGUCUUAUAUCCCAGGUGAGGAAUUUGAAACUCAGAAAGGUUGAGGGGUUCUCCAGAGGUCACACAGCCCGUAUGCAGUGGAGCUGGCACCAUUCAGACUUUCAGCCGACUCCACAACUUUCCCUUGCCCUGGGCUGCCUCCUGAGAGCUGUUCCCCACCGCCCUGCCUAUUCUGGUUGUAGGCUCUCAUGUCUCUUUGGGGAGAGCUGGCAGUGUGCAGAGCCGAUAACAUUUUCCCAAUAUUGAGCAGUUCCCAAGGACAGUCAGCAUUUCUAGACUUCCACAAAAUUAUGCUGCAUUUGGCUGCAGCCCGGUGUUCAGUGGUUUCCCUGCCCAAGGCUGCUGCAGCCCCAUCUACCACGUCUUCAUGUGGACGUUGAGAUUCACACGCUGGCUCCUGAAGAGUGCUCGGUCUCCUUGGUGAUGAAGGUACUGCUUGAACUGCUGCCAACUCCAUGUCAGGGAAGUCGCUUUUGGUGCCUGGCUGGUUUGCCCAGAGCCAAGCUGGGGCAAGGGGCAGCCAGCCCUGGCUUCCAAGGCUCCCGUACUGUCUGUGUCCUUGUAUAAGGAGCUUUGCUUUUGGAAUUACUGAAAGUGUGGCCCAAGAGAGAGACACAAGUGGCCUUAAGUCUUUUUGAAAUAUUAUUUCAUCCAGGGAAAUGCCUCGAGCCAUAGAGCCUGAAAUCAUCUUUGUUGGUUCAGAAAAUUCCUUAGCUUCACUCAGCUGGAACUGCAUUGAAGGCGAGGCUGUCCCUUGGAUCAAGCAGAAAACAAGAGAAAGAACAUUCCCUUUGGAGAUAGUCUGGAAAGUUGGGAUUUGCAAAUAAAGGCUCUGGAAGCAUUGCUGAUCCUAAAGCUUUGGAGGUGGGCAGAGAGAGCUUCAAGGAGACUAGACACAAACCCUGGAAAGGAUUAAGGCUCAACUCUGGAGAAACAGGCCACAGCCUCUCAGAGCAGUCGUUGGCCAUAAAUAGAGGUAGCAAGGCCACUCCCAGGCCCCUGUGAGUGUGGGCACCUGUACAUGCGAUGCUCCGACUCUGCAGAGGUGCCAAGUGCCCCUGCUGGGCCAGUCCCAGAGAGUUAGGAAGUCAAGGCCUCCAACUCCUGGUUCUUCGUGUUUGGACCAGUUCUUGUGCCAUUGGCAGGAUGAGAGGCAGCAGCCAGGCGGGAGCUGUGUCUAGCAGCACCUGUAGCCCACGUGCUGCUAAUUAGCUGGAAAACUGGGGAAGGCAGAAACUUUGCUACCAGGAAUCUUGACAUGUGGGGUCUGUCUUUGAGAAUUUGUAAAUGAACAGUCCAAUAUUUCCUCUCGGCUCAUUUUGCGCAUCCAUUUUGGGGGAAAUGUGACUUCUCUCUCUCUCUCUCUCUCUCUUUUUUUUUGCCUAAGGCACAAUCUCAAGAGGUCCCGAAAACAUGUACCCAUGAUUUUUCUCUUGCUCUGUGAUGCCCAAUAACUCCUUCACCUAAGCCCUGUUGUUGAUUUUGAAGUGCUUCCUAGGCCAAUGAUUUUAGCUUCUACCAGCUCCUUUUGCCAGUAGAGUAACGUGUUUUUAUUUUUCAAACUCCGUGUUUCCUAACGUGGAGUGUAUGGGUCUAAGAAGAGCCUGCUGUCCUCCCUGCCUUCUACCUUGGAGAGGAGGCUGGGCACAUCAGCAGUGGCCAGGGCAGGUCACAAAAACCUCCCAGCCUAGAGACCACACCUGAAAUGGCUGAAGCCAGCUUGCACAAGGGCUGCUGUCCCCCUGCGGCAGGCAGAGCUGGUGGGGACAGGGGUCACAGAGCAGUCAUAGACACUGUGGACCAGGGCAGGAGAAGGGCAGAUGGCACAUGGGCACAACAGGGCCUCGUCCUUAGAGCACUGGGGGGGUCAUGGCUGGGAGGGGCACGGCAGGGGCUGGCAUAGAGCCAGAGGGGCCACCCAGGGAAGUGACAUUCCAGAUGUGUUGGGCUCACCUCAUCCUUGCUGGGAGACUGGAGUUCCAUGGGGACAUGAAGUCAGUACACCCCAGAGCUGCUCAGCUGCUCUACUUCUUGCUGACUUUUUUGUUGCACAUCAUAUACAUUUUCUUUCAAUUAGCAUUUAUUUCAGCUUUUAUUUAAGCUUUUUGACUGUACAUGUAAAAUAUAUGAUUAUAACCAUUUAAAAAUA